UGAACGAGGAAGCCAUCCGCGCAUAAAGUUGUUGGAUUCAUAAGUCGGUGGUUCCCAACCAGGGGUACUAGGACCCUUGGGAUUCAUUGCAUUUUCACGUGGGAUACUUGAAAAGACCCAUGAGACCAUAUGCUUACUGGUAAAAUGCCCGUGAAGGGACACUUCAGGAGUACUCCGGGCUGAGCAAAAUUUAAGUGGUGGUAUUGAAAGUAAAAAAGGAGGACCCUGUUGGACAAUGGAAAGAAUGGAGAGGAGUGAUACGAGAGGCCUGGGAGCUGGUGUGGAGGUGCUGAGGGAGGAGCUGGAGGAGGGAGGACUGGAACAGGUGGGAGGAUGUCCUUGCGAGGAGGUGGAUGUUCCCCACAAUGAGGAGGGAUGUACUUCCCUUAUCACUGCCUGCCAGUGGGAUUUGACUGAGGUUAUUCACCUCCUUGUGACUCCAUGCAACCACACCAGCCAGACAGCGCUGUGUGCGAGUCCUCCUGUCCUCCAGAAGGUGUUGUUAUCAGCUUCAUUCAGGCCUCCACCCCACUGGACGCAGCUCCUCCAGGCUGCCUGGCUGGGAGACCUCCACGCCUUGCAGCAUCUUCUGGCUCAGACAGACCUGGUAGAUGUGAACACCCAGAACAGGAACGGGCUGACCCAUCUAAUGCUGGCUGUGAGGGACGCUGAACUUUUUGAAGGGCUGGACAACCAGUUGCCAUGGGAAUACAGACCUGUAGAGGGGGUCGGGGAACUGCUGGCUCUCUCUGAGGACCUGGGGCCACGUGAUGUCAAUGGCUAUUCUGCUCUUCACUAUGCUGCUCAGAUCCAGAGCCACAUCAAAGACAUAAUAAUGAUGGUUGAGUCCCUCAGGCAGCCAGUGACCCUGGACAUGCGGUUCUUUCACCUUGAUGAUGAAUUGCAAGUGACCUUUCCCAGCCCCUCUACCUCUCUGACCCCUGGCUUCCUCAUUCAGUCUGCGGCCAGCAUAGAGGAUGCACUGGAGUCCUCCAAACGUGUCCCUUUAUUACCCCAUAAUGAAGACAACAGUCAGGACAAGGGGCUGUCCCUAAGCUUACAGAGCACCAUGGAUAACCUGAGAGACACGAGACAAGCCUACCAGGAACUGGGGAUGGGUGGCAGUGGUGGUUCGUCUCUACCCAGCCUGUGGCACAGAGGUAGACACUUGGGCAAACCGGAUUCUACAGCGGCUAUAUUGAAGACCAAAGGGGGCAACCGUUUCCCGCCUGCUCCCCCCAGACUCAGGGGGAGGUGUGAGGUUGCAGCACCUCCCCGAGCCCAGCUGAGCCAGUCGGCCCCGGCAAUGACCAAGCCUGUCCUGGACUCAAGCUGUCUGGUCCAGGCACGAGCACACAUUCAGAACAGACUUCGGUGUGGUGAAACUGAGAAAAGUAGCUAUGGUCCAAAGGUAGGUCAAUCAAUCGUGCUUUAUUUGCAUCUCAAAUGUUAGUACCGUUUUCUUGGUUUGAAAAAUCCUCUGUAAUCUGAU